AUGCUAGCUUUCAAAAGAGGAUUUCACAACACAGUGAAUACUGCUGCAAGAACAAGAUAUACUAAACCGAAGCCUAAACAUGUGCCAAAAGUGAUUGCACCUCCUCCUUCCCAGGUGACCCAUCAUUAUAAUAAUUUGAAGAUUACGGCCCCUGUUCCUCCAGUGGUUCAAAACAUUGUUUGUCCUGAUGACCAUCCACUGUGGCAAUUUUUUGCAGAUAAGAAAUUUAUGAGAUCUCCAUCUGAUGUUGAUUCGACUUCGAGAGCCUGGAGUAUUCCAGAGUUAAGAAGAAAGUCAUUUGACGAUUUGCAUUCGUUAUGGUACAUCUGUUUAAAAGAACGUAAUAUUUUGGCAAGAGAGAAUCACCUUCUAAGGAAUAUUGUCAAUGGUAAUCAAGGCACAUUUGAAGAUGUUUCUGAAAAGAUUAGAACUACUAUGUGGAGAAUAAGACACGUUUUAAGUGAAAGAGACUGGGCAUUCAAGAAUGCCCAACUGGCAUUCGAAAACGAAAGGGCCAAUUUUAUUAAAGAAUUUGAAACAGACUUCUUAAAAAUGACACAAGAGGAAGAUGAAGUAGCCUUUGAAUCUUUAGCGAGAUUUCAAAAAUCUAUUUUUGGAAUUAGUGAGUAUCUUGACGAAAAUGUUGUUGAUAGAACUUUUGUCGAUGGUCUAAAAAUUGUGGCCAACUUAAAACUACAAAAAUUUGCUCCACGUGAAGAAGCCAUUAGGAAAUUCAUUGAUGCCCUGGAAAAUAAUAGAUUAGAUGAUGUAGGUGAAGCAUUCGUUAUAUUUACCGCUGAAAAUGGAGCCAAAGAUGUGAAAGAUGCUUGCGAUGCCGUACUGGAUUUAAGAGACUCUAAUAAUAAAAUUGCUAGAAUUGAUGAAAUAAAUACAGUCAGCCAGUACAUAAAAAGCUUAGCUGAAGUGCAAAAACAACCUGAAGUUGAAAACGAAAAUGAAAGUCAAACAUUCUAA